CAUUACUUCACUUUUGCUUUUAAUCUGUUUUAAUUUGAGUAGGUAUAUUGUAUUUUCAUUUGCAAUUUAUAAUUAUUUUCAAUUAUAAAGAACUUCGAACAAAAAUUAAAAUAAAAGUUUGUAUCAACUGUAAAAUGUUAUAAAAAAAUUUCUUAAUUAUAAUAAGAAUUAAAAUAACACAAAAACAUGAAAAGCAAUAUUGUGUGUUCAAACAGGUGUAAUAUUUGUUUUUUUGAAAGACAAUCAACAUCUAAAACAAACAACACUCUUCUAACCUGUCAAGGAUGCAAAUUGUUAGCGUAUUGUGGAGUAAAACAUCAAACCAUUGAUUGGACAAUUCAUAAAGAAUUUUGUAAGGCAGUUCAAACAAUUUUAAAGACUUAUAAAAUUGAUCAUCCUCAUUUAAUUCAUGGACCAAUUAAGUCAAAAUUAGAUUUACAAAAAGCUAUUACAAAUUUAAAAAGAGUAAUGAUUCAUACUUUGCAAAGGAGCCUAGAAUCAUAUGAGGAGGAAUACAUUAAUUGCCCGAGAUUUUGUAAUGAAUGCUUGGAUCUUAAAACAUUCAAAAUUUAUGACUGCUCAAAUUGUAAUAUUGCUGCAUAUUGCAGCUUAACUUGUCAACAAAAUAAUUCACCAAUUCAUUUAAAAGACUGCCAUAAUCUCAAGAUUUAUUACAACUUUUGGCAAGAUAAAAUUAUAGAUUUAAAUUUAAAAAAUGUUUAUUGCAAUUUCAAUUGGAAGUCAAUGGACUUAUUCAGUUUAUUAAAAGCAAUGAGUACAAAUGCAAUAGAAAUUCCGAAAAUAAUUAAUGAUCUAGCGUCAUUCCAAAAUUUUGCUUCUAUCUGUGAUUUUUCUUGCGUAUCUACUAUACUUUUUGUAUUGAAUUAUUGCCAAUUCAUGCAUAAUCUAAACAACACAUGCACAAUCUACAUCGUUGGAGCAAGAGAUGAUUUCUAUUACUUUCAAGAAUCCCAAUGCAAAUUUUUGAUUUUUCAAAUGCCAAAUAUAUCAAAAUUAAAUUUAUAUUUUAUAGGACCAGAACUAUUGAAAACUAAUAACACUAUUUAUAGUUGCGCGGUUGGUGAUCAGGAGAAAAUAAUCAAUCUUGAGUUCUUUAAGCAAAAGUUUGAAGAUUACAUGGAAAACAAAAAACUUAAUGACGAUAUUGUAGCAAAUCUGUUAAUUUGUUUCAAUUGUGGCUUUUCUGAGUUUUCAAGUGUAUCUACAUCGAAUACGUGGCGAAAAGCUUUAGAAACUGUUAUGAAAAUUCAACGGACACCCAUUGCAUUUACGUCAUUUACGCGGCUGGAGUCCAAGUUAGAUUUAAAAGAAAUAUGCUCAGUUGAUGUUGAAGCAACAUCACAAAUAAUGAUAGAAUGUCAAAAAAACCCAUUCCGUGAUUAUAGGCCCAUUCGGAAUUGGGAACUUUCGGAUGAAUUUGAUAAUAUAUUCCAUAGAAAUAAUUACAUAAGCGUAAUCAUGCCCAAACCGAAUUGUAUUCAAGCGAAAUCUAAAGAAUGUUCCGAAAAUUAAUGUUUUUAAGAAUUCCAGAACUUAUUGUCCUUGUUAAAUAAAUAAAUAUUCAUAUAUUUACGUAUUUUUUUUUAUUUUAAUGAAUAA